GCGUCCAUGAUGAAAAUGGUGAAGCUUAUCAUUGUCAUGUCAUUGUCAAUAACUAAAAAGAGUACAGGGAAGUUAGAAGUAAAAUUAGUAGGCUACUGAUACUACAGUCAUGCUCAGUCACCUGUCCAGAAAAAAAGGAACAUGGACGUCUGUGUCAGUCGGUACUAGCGUAGGACAUCAAAAUCUAUCUUCUUCAAGACGAGUGUCUGCCAUACGAUGACGCUGGCGGCUGGAGGCAUGAUCACCGGUACCGCGCGCUGAAACAUAGAUUAGCAAGGGUGAUUCUACGACCAAGCAAACUCAGUAGACUAGGCUACAACCGACUUUGUAGCCUAUCGCAGUGGAUGGAAAACAUAUAUUCAAUGUACUUUAUAUGAGCUAUAGCCAUUAUUGAUAGUUAUUUAGAGAGUUAUUGAGGAAGUGAAACUAUGUUGUGAGUGUGCGUAAUCAACACCUCUCCAAUACGCAGCGCUCUGUCUUGUCAGCUCAGAGAGCGCGGUCCGUCAGUGCAUGCUUAUUUUAAUUUUAUUUUUAGUCAUUUAGCAGACGCUCUUAUCCAGAGCGACUUACAGACUGAAAGUUACCUGCGCAUUGGUCCUCGUUGUCUUUUAUAAAUGUCUCCAAUUUUAUGUGAACUACAGAGGUGCCGGCGUAUGAUUUUGAACCCCUUUCCAUCGACUCUUGGACAACAGUAAAAGGGGAAUGCUAUUGAGGCAGUCCGUGGCAGGAUCUUGUACAAUAGAUCUCCCUGAAGUCCCUCUCUGUCCCCCACCAUGGAGAGUCUGAGUGAGCUGCAGAACCCGCUCCUAGAUAAGACCAGCAGCAGACACGUGGUCCACAACGACUACCAGGCUUACCAGGGCGACUACCCCAACCACCAGUACCAGGAGAACAUCAUUGGCUACUUCGUCACAGGGAGCAACGGCAAGACUAAGGCCCAGCAGUUUCUGGAUGCAACCUCUCUGCACCUGGCAGUGGAGGCCUUCUAUAGGCCCAACUUUAUCCUGUACAAGGACGAUGUCAGCCUCCAGAGCAAGGACUUGAAGAGUGAGAGCUCCGAGACCACCUUCACAGAGAACAAGGACAAUGUGGUGGGAGUGGAGGGAGCCCCCAUAGAGGACCCUCAGGACAAACUACUGGGAGAGAAGGAUGUGAAGAUCCAAACUGUCUCCUAUGAGGUGGAGGAGGAGGGACAUGAGUAUGAGAGCGACAGCUCCAGUGACACUGAGAGUGAGGAUAACUUCAUCAUGCUGCCCCCUCGGGACCACCUGGGCCUGGCCAUCUUCUCCAUGCUCUGCUGCUUCUGGCCCCUAGGGAUCGCUGCCUUCUACUUCUCCCAGAGGACUAGCAAGGCCAUGGCUAAGGGAGACUUCUCUAGGGCAGGCAGUAGCUCCAGAAGAGCUCUGUUCCUCGCUGCCCUCUCCAUCACCAUCGGGGCAGGGAUGUACGUGGGGGGGGUGGUGGCCCUCGUAGCCUACCUGUCCAAGUCUAGGGGACACGUAUAGCAGCAGGACCAGGGCCACAGGGUAGAGUGCUUGGGAAGCCUUCCCUGUUAUGGCAACCCUGAAGCACCAGUCUACAUGUUUUGGUUGUGGAGCAGCAGAGAGGAGAGAGGAGGAGAGGAAGGACCAGAGGGAGAGACAGCCACUUCUCUCUAGGUUUAUCUGCCUGGUAAGGAUGUUUGAGGUUCACAAAAUAAUGAGGGAAAACCCCUAAAGGAAAGAAGAUCUAUUGUCCGUCAAUGACUGUUCUGCUCCUCUACAUGAAUGAGAUGAAAGCUAGUGAAGUAAAUGUGAUGAUACAGUACUACCUAAAUUCCAGAGCUAACCACCUUCACUGAUCUUCAUUAUGAUCAUGGAGGCCCCAUCCAUAUUUGUAGCUGUUCUCUGUAAAUACUUCUUGUGCAGAUGGUGUUUUUGGUCUUAUUGAUUUUCAUGCCACAGUGAGUUAUAAUGAGCCGGCCAUUGUGUCUGAAAUGCAAAACCAAGAAGGCUCACUUUACUGAUUAUUCAUCAAACUGCUCGCCAGUUCAGUCCAGGAAAAUCAACUGCCAUCACUCAAUAGACUCUAGACAAAGGAAACUGUGUUUAUUGUGCACUGUAUAUCCUUCAGAAUAAAUACA